UGCACCAGCACCGUGCCGGGCCUGGCCUACGGCAUCUGCGCUGCGCAGCGGAUCCAGCAGGGCACCUGGAUCGGGCCCUUCCAGGGCGUGCUGCUGCCCCCGGAGAAGGUGCAGACGGGCGCCGUGAGGAACACGCAGCACCUCUGGGAGAUAUAUGACCAAGAUGGGACACUACAGCACUUUAUUGAUGGUGGGGAACCUAGUAAGUCGAGCUGGAUGAGGUAUAUCCGAUGUGCAAGGCACUGCGGAGAACAGAAUCUAACAGUAGUUCAGUACAGGUCGAAUAUAUUCUACCGAGCCUGUAUAGAUAUCCCCAGGGGCACCGAGCUUCUGGUGUGGUACAAUGACAGCUAUACGUCUUUCUUUGGGAUCCCCUUACAAUGCAUUGCCCAGGAUGAAAACUUAAAUGUCCCUUCCACGGUCAUGGAAGCCAUGUGCCGGCAGGACGCCCUGCAGUCCUUCAGCAAGAGCAGCAAGCUCACCUCGGCCACCCCGCAGCGCUCCGUCGUUUUCCCUCAGACGCCAUGCAACAGAAACUUCUCUCUCUUGGAUAAAUCUGGGCCCAUCGAAUCAGGGUUUAACCAAAUCAACGUGAAAAACCAGCGAGUCCUCGCAAGCCCGACUUCCACAAGCCAGCUGCACUCGGAGUUCAGUGACUGGCACCUCUGGAAAUGCGGGCAGUGCUUUAAGACUUUCACCCAGAGGAUCCUGCUGCAGAUGCACGUGUGCACGCAGAACCCCGACAGACCCUACCAGUGUGGCCACUGCUCCCAGUCCUUCUCCCAGCCUUCGGAACUGAGAAACCACGUGGUCACUCACUCCAGUGACCGGCCUUUCAAGUGUGGCUACUGUGGCCGUGCCUUUGCCGGGGCCACCACCCUCAACAACCACAUCCGAACCCACACUGGAGAGAAGCCCUUCAAGUGCGAGAGGUGUGAGAGGAGCUUCACGCAGGCCACCCAGCUGAGCCGACACCAGCGGAUGCCCAAUGAGUGCAAGCCAAUAACCGAGAGCCCAGAAUCAAUCGAAGUGGAUUAACUGAUUGACUGGUUGGAAUUAAACUGCAAGGAAAGUCAUGAUUAAAUGUCAUGGACACUUAAGCAAAACCAAAGAUUUCCUCUAAGCAACUUUCAAUCAGUCCCAGAAAACCAAAAGCAGUAAUAAAAUAAGUAAGAUGUUAAGAGAUAUUGAUCCUGGCGUGGAAGUCAGACCAGGAAAGAGAUUAUUUAUUUAUGACUAGGGGUGAAACUGAUUUCCGUGGACAGCUACCCUGGGAUGGCUGACAUUUCCAGCCCCGCCAUGCGUUUGCUUUGUUUCUGAAAAGCUUUUUUAAACUGUUAUUUAAUACCAAAGGGAGGAAUUAAACGAGUUCUUCCGGCCACAUUGUGACUAAGAAUGCACAGGGACGUGGUUCUCGCCGCACCUUUUUGUUCAUAGCAUGUUCCGAGGAGGCCCAUUGCACAGCCCUCCUUCCUGCUGCUCGGGUCCGGCCUGGCCCAAGCGGUCCGCCGUACCAGGGACCGUGGAGGCCGAAGCGAGCGCCUCUGUGACAGCGCCCCCUGCAGUCCGGGCCUCUCAGUUCAGCACCCUGCGUCCCAGGCACUUUCCUAAACUCCUCCUGUCCAGCCCCAUCUCAGCGCAGGAAAGCCCGCAAGAGGAAGAAAACAAUUCCGGUUUCAGAACUCAAAGGAAGAUUCGGGGGACUUGGUCCUGUCAGGAUUUCAAAGUCAUUUAAAAUGUAUAGAGCCUCAUAAUACAGUAUAUUGUUCCGAAGCAGCUAGUUGAGGAAAUUGUGUUUUCAAUAACAUUUUAGCUUUAAAAAUGAAAACGUGGAAAUAAAGUUCUCUGGUUUGAGGCUAAAUAUAAGGCAUUAGGCUUCAAAUAAUUUUUGUUGUUUCUGUGCAACUGGUGAGUCCCUGCGCAAACUGAGAGCCGCUCCGCACAAGGGGCUUCGUCGCUUCCCUGUGUAUGUGGAGCCCGGGAGUCCUCUGUACUCGCUGCUGAGCAGAGCAGAAGCGUUUCUGCAAAAAUAGGCCAGACAAAGCAACACUGAGAAGAGAAGCCACAGAAAGCGUUGUGGUUAGACCAG